AAGGGCAAUCAUCAUACGAGCAGGGGAUGGGUGACGUCAGCUACGACAAGAUCUACGACAUCUACGUCCCGCCGCAGCACCUGCGCCUGUUCGACGGGCCUGGCCUGGUGGCCGACACCAUCAUCAAACCGAACAUCUCCCGCGAGACGCUGCAGCAGAACAAGAUCUUGCGAGCGAUCAAGAAGAAUCUCGUCAAGAAGUGCCUCGAGAUGUUUGUGGAGAUCGCCGAGAAGAAGGACGACUACAAGAAGUUCCACGAGCAGUUCGGCAAGUGCCUCAAGCUCGGCGUGCAUGAAGAUUCCACCAACCGCACCAAGGUCGCGGAGCUUAUGCGCUACCACACCUCGAGAUCUGGAGAUGAGAUGAUCCGCCUGAAGGAGUUUGUGGACCGCAUGAAAGAGGGGCAGAAUGACAUCUACUACAUUACGGGGGAGAGCAUCGCAGCGGUGUCGUCCUCGCCUUUCCUGGAAACGCUGCGCAAGAAGGGUCUUGAGGUCCUCUACAUGACCGAUCCCAUCGAUGAGUACUCCGUGCAGCAGCUGACGGAGUUCGACGGCAAGAAGCUCAAGUCGACGACCAAGGAAGGUGUGGACCUCGAGGACGAGGACGAGAAGAAGAAGCUGGAGGAGCUGAAGGCGGAGUUCGAGCCGCUGACGAAGCUGAUGAAGGAGGUGCUGGGCGACAAGGUGGAGAAGGUGGUUAACCAGGGGAUGGGUGACGUCGGCUACGACAAGAUCUACGACAUCUACGUCCCGCCGCGGCACCUGCGCCUGUUCGACGGGCCUGGCCUGGUGGUCGACACCAUCAUCAAACCCACGCACGGCCUGCAGCCGAAGCCUUUCGUCGAGGCCUGCUAUGGCUUCUGGCAGGACGGCGACUUCAUAAAGAACGACGAGCCCCUGAGCAACGUUCUGCCAGUGGCGGGCAAGCACAUGGGCAUGGCCUUCCGCGUGCCCACCAUCGACGUGUCGGUCGUGGACCUCACCUGUGGGCUGGAGAAGGCGACGACCUACGAGGAGAUCUGCGCCGAGAUCCAGAGGCGCUCCGAGGGCGACAUGAAGGGAGACUUGGGCUACUGCGACGAGGCUCUCGUGUCCACCGACUUCGAGACGUGCCCCAUCUCCAGCACCUUCGAUUCCAAGGCGGGCAUCAUGCUGGACCCCACGGUCGUGAAGCUAGUGGCCUGGUACGACAACGAGUGGGGCUAUGCGUGCCGUGUCGUUGACCUGAUCAAGCACAUGGCCAAGGUCGACGGGGCGUAG